UUGUGUGUGUGUGUGUGUCUGUUUUUGUGUUUUUUCAUUUUAUUUCACGAAUUUAAUCCAUUUCUUAGCCAUCUCAUCUGAUAAUCAUGGUCCAAAGAUUGACCUAUCGACGACGAUUGUCGUACAAUACACAAUCUAAUCGUAGAAAAAUUUCGAAGACUCCUGGUGGUAAAUUGGUAUAUUUAUAUACAAAGAAAGCCGGAUCCGUAGCAAAAUGUGGUGAUUGUAAAUGUAAAUUACGUGGUCUAGCAUAUGCUCGUCCCAGAGAAUUGACAAGAUUAUCACGACGACGAAAAACAGUUACACGUGUUUAUGGUGGAACCAAAUGUGCACAAUGCGUUCGAUCACGUAUUGUACGUGCAUUCCUGAUUGAAGAGGAAAAGAUUGUAGCCAAAGUAUUGCGUGCACAACAAAAAUCUACAAAACCAGCAGCGGCUACUUCGGCUAAAAAAUAAUUAUGUAAUUUGACAUAAGAAAUGAUUGAUUUUUUAAAUAAAAUGCAACGAAACAAA